AUGGAGGCAGCUCAGGGUUGGGGGAGACCACCCAGGCAGCCAUGCAGGUUCUUUGCCCGCGGGAUGUGCCAACUGGGCCGUCACUGCCGCUUCUCGCACGUUGGCAAGUUACCCCAACUCUGUAGGUAUUUCCAGGGCGGGGCCUGUUUCUUUGGAGACCAGUGCAGCUACCAGCACCUUCAGGUGCCAGUCCCCGCCACGGGGAGUUGCAGCAGCUCCGAGCCGCCCUGCUUCCUGGCCCUGGGGGUGCAGGCCUCGGAACCGGCCCCCCUGCCCGCUGGGCUGGUGGGGAAGCCCGGUGGGGAGAGGCCGGUCAACCGGCACGAUGAGGAGGAGGAGGAGGAAGAAGAAGAGGAGGAGGAGGCGGCGGCACAACAACAACAACAGCUCCAAUCCCUACCAUGUUGGCUCCAGUCUCCCCAGAGCCCAAGGCUGCCGCCGCCUCCUCCUCCUCUUCCAUCAGAGCCCGGAGCAGAGACGGUGGAAGUGGCCCGGAGCCCCGAGGGGCGCAUGGCGGAGCCAGGCGGCGAUGACCGCGAAGGAGACGGCGUGGUCUGCGGCAUCUGCAUGGAGCGAGUGUUGGGGAAACUGAGGCCCGAGGAGAGGCUGUUCGGCAUCCUGCCCAACUGCCCGCACCCCUUCUGCCUGAGCUGCAUCAGGGCCUGGCGCCGCCGCCGCGGAGACUUCCCCGCCAGCGUGGUCAAGAGUUGUCCGCAGUGCCGCGUCCAUUCCAGCUACCUCAUCCCCCACGGCCAGUGGGUGGAGGAGACCAGUGAGAAGGAGCGGUUGGUCCGGCGCUUCACGGCCCGGACCAGACUCAUCCCCUGCAAGUUCUUCCUCCGAGGGCGAGGCCGCUGCCCCUUCGACGCCACCUGUAUCUACCUCCACCAGCCCCGUCCCCCGGGGGCCCGGCCCAGGAGCUGGGGGUCUCCACCGUGGUCGCCGCCGCCUCCAGCCCUGGCACCUCCGGGCCCGGACGAGAACUUGCUCCUGGAUCAGUGCACCGUAGCUAUGGCCUUGUUGUGGCAGGGCGACCCCAGCCCACCCCAAGAGCCCCCGGCCUCCAGCAGCAGCAGCAGCAGCCCCCCACCCUUUGAGGGUCACGACCCGGCUAUCAACCCGGUGGCACCCGCUGCCCAUUUGCCCAUGUAGGCCUAACAGGGCCGCUGCCUGGCCCGGGGCACGGGGGAAGGAGGAGGGGAUGGCCAGGCCAAGGACUCGGUUUUAACCUUAACUCUGUGUGAGAAACAAUAA